UGCUCAGCCUGGUAGAAAACAGGAUUUAACAUUCUUCAAAGGGACCGGCCGGUCUGCUUAAGCUCCGCCUCUUGGCAGUGACGUCAGCGCGCAGCCUGACCUCGCUCUUCACGCUCCGUCCACCCGCAGCAGAGCCUCCAUCUCUGGCCGUUUAACCGACUUAUAUUCCGGUAAAAAAAAAAUUUUUAAAUAAAAAAAAAGACAGAGACACCGCUUCAUCAGCAGACCACCGUCCGACAUGGAGCCCUCCUCCUCCUCCUCCUCCUCCUCCUCUUCCUCCUCCGGUCAGUGCAGUUACAGUUAUGAAAACUACAAGGAGACCGCAGACUGGUUACUGGCUCACACUAAGAAGCGUCCUAAAGUGGCCAUCAUCUGUGGCUCUGGUCUGGGUGGUCUGGCUGACCUGCUGGAGGACAGAAUCGUGUUCAAAUAUAAAGACAUCCCACGUUUUCCCACCAGCACAGUUCAGGGUCACGCGGGCCAGCUGGUGUUUGGGAAGCUGAAGGGCUGCGAGUGCGUCUGCAUGCAGGGACGAUUCCACUUCUACGAGGGCUACAGCAUCCACACGGUGACGUAUCCAGUGAGGGUCUUCUUCCUGCUGGGCGUGGAGACUCUGAUUGUGACAAAUGCUGCAGGGGGUCUUAAUGCUGGCUUCAGCGUGGGCGACAUCAUGCUCAUUAAGGACCACAUCAACAUGCCGGGCUUUGCUGGUCAGAACCCUCUGUGUGGACACAACGACGACAGGUUCGGCGUGCGUUUCCCCUGCAUGUCGGACGCUUAUGACCGAGAGCUGCGGGGCCUGGCCAGGCAGGCGGCGCAGGAGCAGGGCUGCGGCAGCUUCCUGCAGGAAGGCGUGUACUGCAUGCUGGCCGGACCCACAUACGAAACCAUCGCAGAGUGCAGAGCCCUGCAGAUGCUCGGCGCUGACGCUGUGGGUAUGAGCACGGUUCCGGAGGUGGUGGUGGCUCGUCACUGCGGCCUGCGCGUCCUGGGCCUGUCCCUCAUCACCAACAAGGCCGUGAUGGACUACGACAGCGACGAGCGGGCCAACCACGAGGAGGUGCUGAGGACCACCGAGAGCCGGGCCCAGGACCUCCAGCGGCUGGUGGGCCACCUCGUCACCAAGCUGUGAAACACCCGACGUCACAGAGGUUUCCUGCUCCUCUGUGACGACACGAGGCCGCCUCCGAACAAAACGGU